CAUGUGCGGGCAAGAUCCACGAUUGCAGCACUCUGGCGCAGCGGUUCUGAGAGAAGAGGUCUUGCAGCAACAACAACAAAAAAAAACAAGAAACUUUGUGCUAUCAAAAAUAGGUUAGCAUUGGAUCGAUUCUGGAAUUGCACGCUUCUCCUCCCGAUCGCGCCUUUCAAAAACACCAGUCGUGGCUAAAUAAAUUACUUGGCGCACCCAAGGAUCCUGUCCGGUUCUCCAUGAGAGAGCUAUUGCAGCCGAAAUCCUCCGAAAAAGACAUGUCUGCAACAAUUUUGUCCGCUUUCUACGACAUCGACAUGCUGUACAAGCAGGAGAAGAGCCUUAACAUAAAUGCAAUCCACCUAAAUAGUAUGCUGGACAAGAAAGCGGUGGGGGCUCCGGUAACAACAUCUAGCACGUCCAACAACUGUUCUUACACGCCUGGCUUUUUCCGACGGAACUCGACUAGCAAUGCGGACUCCUUGACCAACUGCAACAAGUACCCCGUGGGUUCUUACAGCAACCUUAAAGAGAGCAUGACCAGCAGCGCCACAACUGCCAUCAUGAACAAGGAAAACAAGUUCCGUGACCGCGCAUACAGCGACAACGGCGAGCGCAGCCAGCAGCUGCAGGUCUUGCAGCAGAAGCCGGGCUCGCAGAUCAACUCCACCCGCUACAAGACCGAACUGUGCAGGCCGUUCGAGGAAAACGGCGCCUGCAAAUACGGAGAGAAGUGCCAGUUUGCCCAUGGGUAUCACGAAUUGCGGAGUUUGUCUCGCCACCCCAAGUACAAAACCGAGCCCUGCCGCACCUUCCACACGAUUGGCUUCUGCCCUUACGGUCCCCGCUGUCAUUUUAUCCACAACGCUGACGAGCGCAGACCGGCACCUAGCAACGCCAACAUGCAGGGAGAACCGAAAGCGGCUCGGGAUCUGUGCGGCUUUGGUCAAAGGGAGAGCGUGCAGCAGCACGCCACAUAUAAUCAAAGGGACAGACCAAAGCUGCACCAUAGUCUCAGCUUCUCCGGUUUUUCAAGUCACCACGGACUCGAAUCUCCCCUGCUCGAAAGCCCCACGUCGCGUACACCUCCACCCCCUUCCUCCAACUCCUCAUGCUCAUCCAACUUCUACGAUGACGUCCUGUCACCCAACUCAAUGUCGUGUGUGAACAGCGCCUUCUCUUUCCCCGGGCAGGACCUGAAAGCCUUUCUCACGCCCCUAGCCAUUCAUACCCAGAAUGGCUACGGCGGUCAGUCCAAUAGUGCCUACUACGGGAACCUCCAGACCAACGUCUGCCCCCCUUCUCCCCCGUACAACAUGAGCCACUUGCAGUCCCUGCGCCGCCUGUCUGAGUCGCCGGUGUUCGACUCCCCACCGAGUCCGCCCGACUCCCUCUCAGACCGGGAGAGCUACGUGAGCGGGUCCCUCAGCUCUUCUGGGAGUCUCAGCGGCUCUGAAUCGCCGAGUUUGGAUGCUGGAAGGCGUUUGCCCAUUUUCAGCAGGCUGUCGAUCUCAGAUGACUAACUACUACAUGAUAUUACUUUAUCUGCAAUAGAGGUCGGGAAGCGUUUGAGAUUCCAAUAGUCGACGCUAUCUUUUCUGUUCCCCCCACCCCCCUGACGACGUAUCUGACGAGCAACAGCUAAAGCAACAAUAUCUGCUUAAAAAAACAAAAACUGCUGAGAGACAGAACCCAUUCUUGACACGGCAUUAGUUUUUUUCUUUUUUUUUUUUCUUUACGUAACCUUAGCUAUAUAAAAACUAGACACCACCAGAAGGCAUUCCAUCGGUGACUUUUGAGCUGCGAUUAACGGCAAUCUUUGGUCUAUCAGGCAAACUACACCCAAGGAGCAAGAUUCUGGACAACUUUUUUAAACAAAAAGACUAAGCGGUUUUUAAAACUCCUCCAUCCUGCCAAGAAUAUGCCUUGACAUGAGUUCAGUUUCAGAGUUGUGUGCGUUUAUGUAAGCUUAAAAACUUCCAUUCCAUGACUAAUCCGUUUCACAGCGCCCCACAGUGGUUCGUUUGGUUAGAGUAGUUUGAUGCUUAGUUAAAAGCACUCGGGAGUUCGGUUUGUUUGGGAAAUCACUGCUGAUGGUUGAAUAUAUAUUUUUUUAGCUGUUUUGAGUGAUUAAAUAGCGGUUCGUUACUUGCUAUGAACUAUUUAACUUAUUUAUUAUCUUGUGAAAAGUAUAGGCUACAUUGGUAAUUUUUUUUUUGUGUCCAUACUGUAUUUAUCGAGUAUGAUGAAGCAAUAGAUCUAUAUUCUUUUAUUAUGUUUAAAUUAUGAUCGCCAUUAUUAAUCUGCAUAAAGUGGAGUGUAUGUUCUUUUCACAGUAAUAUAUAUUUGUUUUUUGUAACUUCACUUGGUUAUUUUAUUGUAAAUGAGUAAAAAAAAAAAAAAUUCUUAAUUUAAGAGAUUGUAUGUGAUAUUUAUUUCAUUAAUUUUGUUUCCUUGUUUACGUUUAUUAAAAGUUCUUUUUUUUUUUUUUUUUUUUUUGCGUGAUUGCUGUUUGUUUGGAGGUCUCCUGUCGAUGCUGUGGAAGGUGUUUUUGAGAAUCCCUCUCUAGGUUUUUUUUCCGUAGAAUGUAAUACUGAUAUGGUGUACAGACCGUCCAAACAUUAGCCUUAAGCUUUUUCUUCUUUUUUUUUUUUUUUUUUGUUUCUUAAAA